GCUGGGCACGGGGGUGUUCGGGGAGGGAGCUGCAGGCUCCAGAGAGAGACUCUGGUUAUUGCUAUGGGUGGGGAGCUCCGGGGCUGAAGUUCCUGCUCAGAGGCUGUUGCUGCUGGUUCCAUUGUGACCUGGGAGCCCGGGCUAAGCCGCUACUGCUCCCCAGUGGGGUUUGUGACCUGCAUUAACUCCCCUCUGUGCCCAGCCCGGGGGAACUUUCUGCGGUGCCUGGAACCAGCCCCUGGGGCAGCCCCGGGCUCUGCCGACACCAGCCCCUGAGCCGGAGCCUGCAGACUGCAGAAUCACAUCCAAGAUUCACUCGAGAUCGUCCCAUCCUCCCAGGUGACGGGGAAGGAAAAUGGUUGCAGUGGAGCUGGUGACCUUCGAGGAGGUGACUGUGUAUUUCACCGAGGAAGAAUGGGCCCUGCUGGAUGCGGGUCAGAGAGCUCUGUACAGGGACGUCAUGCAGGAGAACUAUGAAACCGUGACCUUGCUGGCAGGAUUUCCAGUUUCCAAACCAAAUGUCCUUUCCUGGCUGGAACGACGGGAGGCGCUGUGGGUCCCUGAUCUCCAGAGCCACGAGGAAAGGGAGAGCCCAAGCAAUUCCCACACAGGUGAUGGGACAGUGAAUGAGAUUGAGGAGGAGAAUCCUCAGCAGGAAGGUCCUGAGCGAGUGGAACCACAGUGGAUGGUAUCAGGAAGAGGUGAAGGGCAUGUUUCCCAGAGUCCUGAGGAGGGAGAGGCCCGUGAGAGUCAGAGCAGCACAGAGAAGCAUCGGGGAAACCUCUCAGAAGGGAGACAGAGUAAAUCCACUCACAGGAGCAGAGGAGUCAAGAAAGUCAAAGAAACUAUUCAACAGAGAAUCCCCAUUAGAGAGAGACCCUACAUGUGCAGUUACUGUGGGAAAAGCUUCCAAUACAGAUCAGAACUCCUAGCACAUCAGAUAUUCCACACAGGAGAGAAACCUUAUGAAUGUCCUCACUGUGGAAAAAGUUUCAGUCAGAGCUCAGCCCUUAUUCAACAUCAGAGAAUCCACACAGGAGAGAAACCCUACAAAUGUAAUGAGUGCAGGAAAAGCUUCCGUUUGGGCUCAGACCUUCUAGCACAUCAGAGAAUCCAUACAGGAGAAAAACCCUAUGAAUGCCCUGACUGUGGAAAAAGCUUUCGACGGCGCUCAACCCUUGUUUCCCAUAAGAGAAUCCACACGGGAGAGAAACCCUACAAAUGCAAUGAGUGCGGGAAAAGCUUCCGUUUGGGCCCAGACCUUCUAGCACAUCAGAGAAUCCACACAGGAGAGAAACCCUAUGAAUGCCCUGACUGUGGAAAAAGCUAUCGACAGCACUCAGCCCUUGUUUGCCAUCAGAGAACUCACACGGGAGAGAAACCCUUUAAAUGUCCCCAAUGUGAGAAAAGAUUCACUAGGAAGUCACACCUUAAUCAACAUCAGAGAACCCACACGGGAGAGAAGCCCUAUGAAUGCCCCGACUGCAGGAAAAGCUUCAGUCAGAGCUCAAGCCUUAUUCAACAUCAGAGAAUCCACACAGGAGAGAAACCCUAUAAGUGCCAUAACUGUGGAAAAGACUUCUGUGACAGAUCAAGCCUCCGUAGACACCAGAGGAUCCAUACAGGAGAGAAACCCUAUAAAUGCCAUGACUGUGAGAAAAGGUUCAGUCGGAACUCAAGGCUUAUUAGACAUCAGAGAACCCACACAGGAAAGAAACCGAAUAAGUGCCAUGAGUGUGGAAAAGGCUAUUAUGAUAGCUCAAGCCUCAGCAGACACCAGAAAAUCCAUACCCGACACAAACCCUAGAAAUGUCCUGGCUAGGGAUGGGCUAUGUCAGUAAAACCUUUGCCAAUUCCCACAUAUCUAAGCAGGUCAGGCCAGGCUGAAAUGGCCCUGUAAUGAGAACAUGCCAUUGUUCUUAAAGCAGAGAGUGGAAUCACUUUUCUGGAACAGAGCUGGCACAGCAAGAGGCUGGGCCUGAGAUAAGAGUCCCAUGUUGCGAUGGGAUUUGAUUAUUACUUCUGGAGAAGCUCUGAACAUCCUCCAUUCAGGUCCUUCAUUUAAAUUUUGAGUUCUACACCUAGGACCCUAUUUUUAUCAUAUGCUGGGACUUCUCAUUUCUUCUUGAUAGUGUUUUAGGCUGGGAUCCACCAGGGGACUUAGGCGCUGGGACACUGAACAUUCCAACACAUAACUUUUAGGCAUCUAGAAGAUCACAAGAACAACACUGAGAUCCAUAAACCCGAAUCAGAUGACUAGGCUCUCAGUACAAUCAAUUGGGCAAGAUGGGCAUCUUAGAUCUGGAUUCACAAUAGCCAGCCCGCUGUGUGGGGAGCUACUUUAUCUUGCCAACAGGAGAUGCCAACAAGAGGGGUAUGUCCUAAACCCUGCCCCUCUGACGGAGAUAGGCACCUAUCUCUGUUUGUGCUUUAUGAACUAGUGAAAUUAGACACUUCCCUGCCAAUGAAACCCAUCCCAGUAUGCUUGUUCAGUGGCCAGCUAACUUCCCACAAAACAGGUGGGGGUGGUAGAAACUCACUCAUAACCUUUUACCCCAUGGUUGGGGUACUUGCACACAAUGUGGGACAGUCCCAGUUCAAGUCCCCCUUCCACUUGAUGAAGCAAAGUGAUAUGAACAGGGUCAUCUGCCUGUCAGGAUAGUGCCCUAACCAGUAAGGGUAUGUCUACAGAGCAGCUAGCCACCCCCAGCUGGCCUGUGCUAGCUGACUUGGGCGUGCUGGGCUGUUUCAUUGCUGUGUAGACGUCCAGGUUUGGGCUGGAGCCUGAGCUC